UGGUAGAGUUUUGAAUGUAUGAAGUUUCUUUACACAUAUGUAUAUCUUCUUCUGUGCUUAUCUGUUUAGGACUAGUCCAUCAUGUAUGUAAUCUCCUAAUGGAAACCGCAGCUACAUGCUUGGAUGGUGAUGAUAAAAGCAACAUCAAGACAACCAAUAUAUUUAUUGUCUCCUUGCUCAGUAUACUGCAUCGUAUGUUGACAUGUACAGCUAACAUUGUUCGCUUAACACUACAGGCACAGAAAUCUGGCACUGGAGGGGAUACCCAAACUGCUGAAGAUCUUCUCCUUAUCAAUAAACCCCUGACUGACUUGAUUGGUUUGCUUAUUCAGCUGCUUCCAAGUGAGGAUAAUGACAUCUAUGAGAAUGCAUCACAGUGCUUGUCAUUGUUAGUUCAACUCUAUGGUGGGGACACUAUGGACAGCAUGUCACCAGAAAAUAUGGAUAGUUUUGCCGAAGUACUGCAGUGCAAAAAGGAAGUAAAAGAUCAGAAGCUUUUGUUGAGAAUCAUUAAAAGAUUGGUGAGUCAAUUACUCCUUGGCUUUUUAAAUUGUAUAUUUAGAAUGCCAAUUAACUAA